GUAACUUUUAACAAUACCUUGGCGGCGCCUGCGCGCUGCGUACGUUAGUUUCGCCAACUCCUGCCGUGCGACUCUACGCGUCGCUCUUUUCCUUAACGAAUAUCGAAAUAGUCAGUGCCAAUUCUGCAAUAGCCAAAAAGUUUUCCGGUCGUGACAAAAAUCAAAUACUUUCACUAAGAUUGUUAUUUCAAAUAUAUUUGUGUUAAAAAAAUAUUACGUGCAUUAAUUUAUGACGUCGCUAAAGUUCAAUAACGUUAAUGAAAAUUUAAAUAUUUGGUAGCUGUUGUACUUGCCGACAAUAUUGGAUGUUACGCUCACUUGAACGUGAUGUGUUUGAUGUAUGGGAGUGAGGAGGUCCAGCAGUAACGCGCGGUCGCGACGGUCACAAUGCGAUGCGGUCGGUGUUGGUCGCGCGUCGCCACGGACUAGCCGACACGGCCUCGUUGCUCCUUGCGUAUCUAGAUUGAGAUGCGGCGGCAAGCUCGGAUAUCAGCCGGCGGUGCGCUUGUUGUGCGCUCCGCCUCUGCCUUACAAGUAUGGCUGUGGUUGCUAAUAUUUAUAUUCCAGAACGAAUUUCGAAUAUCACGGUCCAUUCAACCAGGAUACUUGGACUUUGACAACCUGCCGGAGACAAAUUUCACAUGUGCCGGCAAGGUGAUCGGCGGAUACUACGCCGAUCUGGAGACGUCAUGUCAAAUGUUCCAUGUAUGCACAGUGGGUCAGCAAGAUGAGCCCAUGGAUAUCAAGUUCCUUUGUCUCAACGGCACUGUCUUUGAUCAGGAAACUAGAGUGUGCGAGAGAGUCGACGAAGUAGAUUGUACAAAGUCGGAAAAGUUUUACAGUUUAAACUUAGAAUUAUAUGGUAGCACAGCUCCACCCAUAAUACAACCUGAUCAACCUAAGCCUACAAAUGAACAACCUCAGACAAAAUCUAAGCACGAGCAAGAAAGUGAUCCAUCGGUGGACAUCGCCUCCACCACAACCAAUGAUAAAUCUCAAGGACCAUCCCAAGACGUUGCUGACUCCACUGAGGACCCUGUACAAGAAAUCAAAAAAGAUGUUCCCAAACAUCCUGCUUCCACUACCAGCUCUCCAUUGACACACAAUGAAGAACUUACUAUAGAAUACCAAGAAGAAGAUGAAGCUGAUGGAGAGUAUGAAGAUUACUCACAUGCUCCAACAACCACUCAGGCACCCGUCACUACUACAAAAAAAUUGUUCACUACUACAACAACCACUACAACCAAACGGCCGCCAACAACAACUGUUGUUUAUUCAUCAACCGUGUCGCGGUAUCAAUCCCCUGUGCCCCACUUGAUAUCUUCGCCUUCGCCAGUGAUAUCUCCAGUGCUACCAUCGGCGUCUGCGUCUUUACCACCAUCAGCACCAUCGGCACCCUCUGCGCUAUUGGCACCUUCAGUAUCUUCAAUUCCGUCACUAGACCCUACUCUUCUUUCGCCACAAGAAUUCAUCUAUCGCCAUCGAGGACCAGGGUCAGAAGCAAUUUCUUUCCAAAGCUUUCGCCCUGCCGACGGAGUUUAUAUAACACAUGCGCCUCCACAUCAGUUUGACCAUUUUCAAUAUGAAUCAUCUAGAACUGCACCGAGACCGGCGGCACCAAGACCGACACCUUUCGUGCAGCGUCCACAACCAGCACCAUUCCGACCCACAACUCUUGACCCCAGGGAUCAAAUUCUUCGCCCUGGUCCUACUUCACAACCUUCCGAACGCCAAGAAACAUCCGUGAAUAACCGACAGCAGCCUUAUCCGUCGUCUUUGCCAGCACAAAGACCUUUACCGUUCAAUCCGUAUUACUACGACCGAAAACGAAGUGAAGACCCUGAACCCGAAAACGAAUCUUCAUUAUCAGCGCGAUCCGUAGCUCAAGUAGCAGUAACUGAACGUCCUCCAAUUAAAUUAAAAAGUCCCCCUCGAGUCAUCGUCACUGCUAGCGCAUCCGUCAGUGAUAGUAACGGGAAAAGACUGAAUUACACUGUUGGCAAUGUAGUUAAGGCUGUAAAACCAAUUGUACCGAUUAACUACGAUGAUUACAAAGAAUCUGAUCUUAUAUUUGAUCCAUUCUUCCUCGACGUGCCAAAACUACAAAAACGACGGAAGACAAGAUCAAAUAGGAAUAGGAGGAUAUUUACAAUCCCAGCUACCACAACAGUUUCACCAGAUUUAUCAUCGGAGAGUCCGACAGUUGCAAGUUCUCCAGUAACAUCUCGUGCUACCACAACAGAAGGUGCGUCAACAACACCUUCGCACAUAGUAACGACAGUCACGUGGAACCCAAAUGACUACGUCGACGAUAACUACGAACCUCACGCAUAUAUCCCGCCAGUGCCUCCUCUCGCAGUGCUGGUGCCUCAACACUUAAAUAAAUUACAAACACAGGAGAAACAAUCUGUUUAUAAAUUAGUUGAGUUGAGAACGCCCAGGGAUAAAUCAAAGGCUGGUCGCACAGAGCAACCUAAGCCGACGUCAGCGCCUGCAGCGCAAACAACCUCUAGUCAAAAAGAGGGUGCGGAUACGGCUCCCCUAGCGCCCGCGCCGGCCCUCGCGGCGGUCUCCGCGCCUGCAGCCUCGCCGCCGCCCCCGCCGCCCCUCGAGGCGUCAGCCUGCGCUUCCUCACGCGCCACUGACUGUCGGAUUCGUGCCUAACAUUAGCUCAUUUUAUUAAUAAAUUAAACUAAGUAGACAUUUCCAUACUAGGUAGUUAGAAAAUUUCAAUAAUAAUUAUUCGCUGAACAAAAAUGACCUUAUUACGAAAGGAGGACUUCUGAAUUGAUUUAAACAACUAAGAAAAUAUCGGUGUUAAAUUAUGUCAUAAUGUCGAUGUGAUUGGUGGGAUAAUUAAAUAAUGAGCUCUCUUCAAUUAGACGCCAUAUGACUGAAAUUGUAUAUUUGUAUUAAUUACAGACUACAGAAUAUGUCGUGAUAAACUUGGAAAUCGUAAUAUUAUCAUGUACAUUAAUAUUAUAAUUAAAAACGCACUCUAGAUUAUUAUAUUUAAAGAAACUUAAAUUAUUUAGAGACAUUUUGUCACCUUCCUAUUUAAAAUUUUUGAUUGAAGAGGGCUAUAGAAUAAUAAAAUAUUUAUAUGUAACAGUAUGUUUCUUAAAAAAUAAAUCAUUGUAAAUACUUUUUUUUUGUAUUUUUCUACUAUUAUACAAUUUUUGCAAUGUUGAUAGACCUUCAUAAUUAAGUACAUAACGAUAUUUAUAAACGAAAUGUAAAUAUCUACAAAAUAUACAUUAUCCAUAAGAAA